UUUUGAUUCGUCAGGAGAGCCGGGGCCUGGAACCAAUCAGCGGCUUCGUCGGCUCCGUGGCUCCACGUCGGCACCAACUGAGGGGCAAGAUGGAGGCGUUGAUCCUGGAACCUUCUCUGUACACAGUCAAAGCCAUCCUGAUCCUGGACAAUGAUGGAGAGCGGCUCUUUGCCAAGUACUAUGACGACACCUACCCCAGUGUCAAGGAGCAGAAGGCUUUUGAGAAGAACAUUUUCAACAAGACCCACCGGACUGACAGUGAGAUUGCCCUCUUGGAAGGCCUGACUGUGGUGUACAAAGGCAGCAUUGACCUCUACUUCUAUGUGAUUGGCAGUUCCUAUGAAAACGAGCUGAUGCUAAUGGCUGUUCUGAACUGCCUCUUUGACUCUUUGAGCCAGAUGCUGAGGAAGAAUGUGGAGAAGCGAGCACUGUUAGAGAACAUGGAAGGACUCUUCCUGGCUGUAGAUGAGAUCGUAGAUGGAGGGGUGAUUCUAGAGAGUGACCCCCAGCAAGUGGUACACAGAGUAGCAUUACGGGGUGAAGAUGUCCCCCUCACGGAGCAGACUGUGUCUCAGGUAUUGCAGUCAGCAAAGGAACAGAUCAAGUGGUCACUGCUUCGGUGAAGACUCCAUUACCCCCCUGCUCCCAUCAUCCCUCCCCAAGCCAUUUGUCUACUGUGAUGCCCCCACUCCCCCAUCCUCAUCCCUCUUGCACU